AUGCCUCAAGCAACUGAACUCAAAGCAUGGAGUGCUCUCCAAUCUCACCACGACAACGUUGGUCGUAACUUUGUCCUCAAGGAAGAAUUCAAAAAGGACCCUCAACGAUUCGAGAAAUUUUCCAAAACCUUCAAGAACACUGCCGACAACUCGGAGAUUCUCUUUGAUUUCUCCAAGAAUUUGAUCAAUGAAGAUACAAUCAAGGCAUUAGUGGCUGUUGCAAAAGAAGCUGGGUUGGAGAAAUUGCGCGAUGAGAUGUUUGCGGGCGAGAAGAUCAACUUCACUGAAGAUCGUGCUGUUCUUCACGUUGCAUUGAGAAAUGUUACCAGUGAUCCAAUCAACGUGGAUGGAAAGGAUGUUAUGCCAGGUGUUAACAAGGAGUUGAAGCACAUGGAAGAAUUCUCGGAACAAAUUAGAAGUGGAGAGUGGAAGGGUUACACUGGAAAGCCUUUGACUACCAUUGUCAACAUUGGUAUUGGUGGUUCUGAUCUUGGUCCAGUUAUGGUUACUGAAGCUCUCAAGUACUAUGGUGCUAGAGAGCAAACCCUUCACUUCGUUUCCAACAUUGAUGGUACACACAUGGCUGAGGCAUUGAGAGAUUCUGAUCCAGAAACCACUCUUUUCUUGGUCGCUUCCAAGACUUUCACUACUGCAGAGACUGUCACCAAUGCCAACUCUGCAAAGGAAUGGUUCUUGAAGAAGACUGAUGGAAAGGGUGAUAUCGCUAAACACUUUGUUGCUCUUUCUACCAACGAGGCUGAGGUUACCAAGUUUGGUAUUGACGCUAAGAACAUGUUUGGUUUCGAAAGCUGGGUAGGAGGUAGAUACAGUGUUUGGAGUGCAAUUGGUUUGAGCGUUGCGAUUCACAUCGGAUUCAAGAAUUUCCAUGAAUUGUUAUCUGGAGCACAUGCUAUGGAUAUGCACUUCAAGAACACUCCACUCGAGGAGAACAUUCCAGUUAUUGCUGGGCUUUUGAGUGUUUGGUAUUCUGAUUUCUUUGGUGCUCAAACUCAUUUGGUUUCUCCCUUCGAUCAAUACCUCCACAGAUUCCCAGCUUACCUUCAACAACUUUCUAUGGAAUCUAACGGUAAGGCUGUCUCUCGUGAUGGAAAGAUUGUCAAGUACACAACUGGUCCAAUCCUUUUCGGUGAACCAGCUACAAAUGCUCAACAUUCUUUCUUCCAACUUGUGCACCAAGGUACUAAGUUGAUCCCAACCGACUUCAUCAUGGCCGCUGAAUCACACAACCCAAUCGAUAACAACAAGCACCAAAAGAUGUUGGCAUCAAACUUCUUCGCUCAAGCCGAAGCUCUCAUGAUUGGAAAAGGAGAAGAUGAACUCAAGGCUGAGAACACCCCAGCUGAAUUAUACAAGCACAAGACCUUCUUGGGCAACAGACCAACUACAUCAAUUCUCGCUCAAAAGAUUACCCCAGGUACUCUUGGUGCUUUGAUUGUUUACUACGAACAUCUUACAUUUACUGAGGGAGCUGUCUGGAACAUUAACAGUUUCGAUCAAUGGGGUGUUGAGUUGGGUAAGAGCUUGGCUAAGAAGAUUCAAGCCGAGUUGGAUGUCAGUGGAAAUGUUGGAGAGCAUGAUAGCAGCACUGGAGGAUUGAUUGCUGCUUUCAAGAAGAAGUCUAACAUCUAA